AUUGACAGCGUGGGGCAGUGGCGGUUCUGCUGCCAUGGUGGCCUUUGGCAGGGUAAGGGUAGGAGCUAACCUGCUGCCGGACUAGGGCGGCUUCGGGGUCCGGUCGUGAGGGAAGGAGACUGCAGCCAGUACAGCGAGUUUGUUGUCUGUAGCGUGGUGAGGCCGAACGUGGGAAAGCUGCAGGUGCAUCAUGUCUAGAUUGGGGGCCCUGGGCGGCGCCCGCGCUGGGCUGGGGCUGCUGCUGGGCACCGCCGCCGGCCUCGGGUUCCUGUGCGUCCUCUACAGCCAGCGAUGGAAACGGACCCAGCGCCGUAGUCGCAGCCAGAGCCUGCCCAGUUUCUCGGACUACGAGCAGGCUUCAGAGCCCGGACGCCAGGUGACUCUGUUUCGGGCUGUGCCAGGCGAGGCUGGAGAUGCGGUGGUGCUGCCCAGCCUUCCGCAGGCAGGGCAGGAGAAGGUGCUGGACCGCCUGGACUUCGUCUUGAGCAGUCUUGCAGCUCUGCGGCGGGAGGUGGAGGAGCUGAGGAACAGCCUGCGGGGACUUGCUGGGGAGAUUGUUGGGGAGGUGCGGUCCCACUUGGAAGAGAACCAGCGUGUGGCUCGGCGACGAAGGUUUCCAUUUGCACGGGAGAGGAGUGACUCCACAGGUUCCAGCUCUGUGUACUUCACUGCCUCAUCAGGAGCCGUGUUCACAGAUGCAGAGAGUGAAGGCGGUUACACAACAGCCAAUGCUGAGUCUGACUAUGAGCGGGACUCUGACAAGGAGAGUGAGGAUGGGGAAGAUGUGAGCUGUGAGACAGUAAAGAUGGGGAGGAAGGACUCUCUGGACCUGGAGGAGGAAGCAGCUUCGGACCCAGUGUCUGGUGCCCUAGAGGAUGCGGGUGAGGAUGAGCUGCCCCUCCUGCACCAGGCUGAUGAACUGCACCAGGGCAGAGACCAGAGCAAGCGGGAGGGCUUCCAGUUGCUGCUCAAUAACAAGCUGGCGUAUGGAAACCGGCAGGACUUUCUUUGGCGCUUGGCUCGGGCCUACAGUGACAUGUUUGAGCUCACCGAGGACAUGAGCGAGAAGAAGUCCUAUGCACUAAAUGGAAAAGAAGCAGCAGAGGCUGCUCUGGAGAAGGGGGAUGAAAGUGCCGAAUGUCACCAGUGGUGUGCAGUGCUUUGUGGUCAAGUGGCUGAGUGUGAGGGCAUCCAGAAGCGCAUCCAGAGUGGCUUUAGCUUCAAGGAACAUGUGGACAAAGCCAUUGCUCUCCAGCCAGAAAACCCUAUGGCUCACUUUCUUCUUGGCAGGUGGUGCUACCAGGUCUCUCACCUGGGCUGGCUAGAAAAAAAAACAGCUACAGCUUUGUUCGGAAGCCCCCCUAGUGCUACUGUGCAGGAAGCUCUGGAGAGCUUCCUAAAGGCUGAAGAACUACAGCCAGGGUUUUCCAAAGCAGGAAGGAUAUACGUUUCCAAGUGCUAUAGAGAACUAGGAAAAAACUCUGAAGCUAGAAGGUGGAUGAAAUUGGCCCUGGAGUUGCCAGAUGUCACCAAAGAGGAUUCAUCUUUCCAGAAGGACCUGGAAGAAUUACAAGUAGUUUUAGGAGAAUAACCACAUUUCAGUGGCCCCCAAGACUUGAAGGAUACUGCUUAGACCCAACCUUGAUCAGGAAACCAAGAAAGAAGAGCUUAGAGUUGCCCUGACUACCCACUACCAUUCUUCAGCAUCUUGUGUAUUAGCUCUCUGCUAAUUUAUUCUAAUUUGUUAAGUAAUCUCAAUUUGGGGAAGCACUUGUAGCUGGGGCUUCCACUGUUCUUCCCCUUAAGGAAAUUAAUGGAAAAUCAAGACUUAGUCUGGCACUUGAUUUAGUAUUAAGUAUAAGUGGAGUCUUGAAGGCUGCUGAGAAUUUAAGGUCACAGCACUGCCCUGCAACUGCAGGUGAGGUAGACAGAAAUUCUAAGAGCCACAGAAACAAAAACACAGAACCUGUCAUUCUAAUCUUUUUCACUGAUUAAUAUUUGACACAUAAUCUAACCCUUAAGAUCAUAUCUUUCUACCAGGACACAGGAAGGGUCAGAGGAGCGCAUCUAUCACUUGUCAUUUGGAUUCUACCUGGACUCCUGGGCUGAGCCAGGGGCUGGAUCACUUGACUCCCAGUAUUCUGGCAGCUUUUGGAAUGACAGUAAUGGCAUAGAGUUUAUGAUACUGUGAAGCAAUGGUCUGAAGAGUUGCCUGGAAUAUAUUUUGGUACAUGAUUGAAGUAAAGUGAAUUUAAUUAAAAGCAAUGUUUUCCUUUCUGUUUUAGUUAUCAA